AUGAAACGUAUUCAACGGCCAAGAGAACGCACUGUUAAGGAUUUUCGCAAUCCACAAGCAGACAUUUUAAAAUUGUUGUACACUGGUUAUACUUUUGUGGUAGAAUACAAAGAAAACAGCGGUAAAAUGAAUGAGUCCAAUGACAUACCACUGGACCCUAAUAAAGUGGAUGAUCAACCUGAAAGAAGUCCAAAUUUCGUUGGUAAAAUUACAAAUACUGUAAGAAACGUGACCAACUAUUUACAGUCUAAUGGGAAUCGGGCAUAUUUCUGGGGAGCACCUGCAAUUGAACCUGAGAAUAAUGGUGCUGAUACAAACUCAGGUACUGGUCAACGGGCAACUAAUGAUCCAAAUGUGACACGCGAUGAACCGGGAUUAAUGACUACGAUACGUAUUACUCAAAAUCAGCUUGAUAAGCGACUCCAAUGUACCAUUUGCUUGGAUGAUUAUGAUAUUAAUGAGGAAGCGAUGAAAUUGACUUGUGGCCAUAUAUUUCAUGAGAAAUGCAUUACUCAUUGGAUUAUUAUGCACGGCACGUGCCCGGUCUGUCGCAGAUACUACUGUCCCGGCGAGCUGCAUCUGCCGCGUGAACGAGUCGGCCCGAUCCGAUCAAUGGCCCAGCGCUUGUACCGCACCAUUCGCUCGCCGCUGGUGUACUUCUUUCCGCAUCUCGGCCGCGAGCAGGUGGUGCGCGGCAGACGUCGGCCCACUCCGAUGUACAGACUCGUGCGCGCUGAGCGAGUGACCGCGGCAACGGCGCUGGACCGCGCCGAACACGAGGCCAGCGAGGCGACCGACGACUACAUAUUUUGCCACGUCAUGUUCGUCUUGCAGAACACGCAGAACGAACCGCAUCCCGGGCCGCCCGACGCCAUGGCCGCGAACAUGCGCAGUCGCUACGGCCGCCUGCACCCCGACGUCCGUCCGGCCGGAAACCCGCCGCCGGACCGUCCGGAAUUCCAGUUUCCUCCCGACGUCCUAAUGACCGAAUACCUAGGCCAUUACUAG